UGACGACAUUUUUUAAUUGACCUACUUCUGUAAUUUUUUCAAAACAUCAUCUACUUUGCUGAAUAUCUGUAUAUAGCGGAGUAGCAGUGUGAAAAGCAACCGUGCAGCAUGUUUAACAGCGUUACAUCGUGGCUCGGAGGUACUGUUAGUGAUGAAAAGGAACAGGAAAAACAAGAAAAAGACACUUCAAAAAAUGAUGAAAAAUCUACGCAGCAAAAAAUCGACAACACAGAGGAAACUCCUGAAUCUGAGCCAAGUUCUACACCUGGAAAAGAGGAAGGGGAUACUUCUGAUCAAAAAACAGACAUUCCAGAUGAUGAAAUUGACCAAAAAGCCAAGAUAAAACAUGACAUAGAUGAGGUAUCUGCUGCAGCUGUGAACACAGCCAAAGAAUGGGGAAGUUACCUGUACUCAUUUGGAAAAGAGGCUACUAAGAAUGUGGUUGAGACGGCUAAAACAUUGAAGAGCACUGUUGAAGAAAAGACAAUUCUUGGAGAAUUUUCUAAGGAGCAGGACAAGUUUGUUAGUGAGAAUAGAGAAAGGAAAAAACAAUCAGAAGCAGCUGUUCCUCCCUGGGUUGGUUACAAUGAGGAAGAGACUAUGAAAUCACAGAUAUUGGCCUUAUCUCAGGAUAAGCGUAACUUCCUAAGAAAUCCACCAGGUGGAGUGCAGUUCACAUUUGAGUUUGAUUCUGCGUACCCAGUUGCCAUGGCAACAUUACAGGAAGAUCCCAACCUCCAAAAGAUGAGGUUUGAACUGGUACCUAAACAGAUAAAAGAAGAGCCAUUCUGGAGGAACUAUUUCUACAGGGUGUCCCUUAUAAAACAGUCUACUCAACUUACUUCAAUUGCCCAGCAGACAGGUACAACAGGAGAGGGCAGUAAUGGGAGCAGGUCAUCUAAAGACAGUAGCAGGAGAUCAUCAGUGGAUAGCAGUCAGAAAGAUUCUGAUUAUGAUAAGCUGUCUGAUAUCCAAGAAAUAGAUUCCAAAGAUAAAACAAGUGGACAAGCCAUACCAAAGGCUACUGGAGGAAAGGAAGAUGAUGCAGAUAUAGCCGAGAGCCCUCCUCAGCAUGAGUUUGUCAGUGAUGCAUUUGAAGAUAGUCAGCUGAAUGAGGAUGAACUAAGGCAAGAAAUGCAACAGCUUGGCAUGAGUGAUACAGCAGAUAAAAAAGAAGACAUUGAGAUUGAAGAUGGUAUUCCAGAUGACAUGGAAGAUGUGGCUCAGUGGGAAAAAGAGCUCAUGAAUGAAAUACUUGAGCAAAAAUAGGCAAAAAAGAAGAGCUUCCAGAAUGGGAACAAGAACUUCAGAAAGAACUUAAUGAAUAUGAGGUUGUAGUUGAUGGAGAUGAUUUAGUGGACACUGAAUUAGAAAAUGAAAUCUUACAACAAAUUGAGGCCGAAACAAAGGAGUCAUAGCCACAUGAUCUGCAAUAUUGAUAACAGGAGGAGACUACCCAUGAUUCAUAGACAUAA